AUGACAUGGGAUGAGUUUAAGACGCCGUUUCUUAAACAUCAUAGUCCCAAGGCAGUCAUAAACAAAAUCAAGGAAGAAUUCAUGCAGCUUCGACACAAGGGUGAAUCAAUUGAUAAAAUAACGGGAAUAUUCAUGGAUAAGAUGAAGGAGUUUAUGAAUCCUUCAAAGUAUGAGACUCUCACCGAGAUUAUAAACGUUGCUUGGGAACGGGAGAUAGAGUUGGAGAAACAGAUUGAAAGAGGUGAAAGAAGGGCGCAGAUAGUCAACCCAAGCCCAACGAAAAAGGCGCACACAAGAGAAUCCUCAAAGAAACAAGAAGGGAAAAGCGGGUCAUCAAACUGCAAGAUAUGCGGGAAGGGGCACAAAAGUGAGUGCCGGUUCAAGGACAAACCGUGUCCUAUAUGUGGGAAAACGGAGCACACGGCUGCAUUGUGCCCGGGGAAGGUGUCGCUGUGUUACAAAUGCUACCAGCCGGGUCACAAGAAAUUUGAGUGCCCGGAGUUGAUCGAAGGAAAGAUGACAAGGAUGCACACACUGAGACACCAAGAGCUAAGGCAAGAUCUUUCCAGUUAA